GACAGUUUGCGAACAAAACAACAAAAGUAAUUUUCGCACGACCGCAGCAGCAGCGCAAAUUUUUCACCUGAAAGAACUUUGUUAAUCAAAAUUAAUUAAAUUAAGCAGUGUGUGGUGGCAUGGACAACGAAACGCUAAAUCGGCUGCUCGGCAACCAGCCGGAACUGAAGGAAGCGCUGGUCCAGUUCAACAAGCAGCACCAGCAAUGCUUCAACUUUACCCACUUGACGACGAGCGGCCAGUGGACGCUGCUGUGGAAUCGAUUCUUCGACUAUCUGACCGAUCCGGAGAUGGCGGAAUAUCGGGAGGACUGUUUGGUGGCGAUAAAGUUGCUCAGUCGGGAUCGGACGUACUUGAACGAGACGGUCGCGGUGGACCAGCUGGACUGUUUGCUGGGGUUGGCCGGGAUUGGGGAGGUUGGGGGUGGUGGCGGCGGGGUUUGGGACGCGACGGAGGAGGUCCAGGUCGAGGCGCUCAAGUGUUUGAGCAAUUUGAUUUUUCAGAGCAAAAAGUGCCAGGAGUUUUGCUUGGGGAACGCGUCGACGGAGGGGAUUCUGCGGCGGGUCAAGAUGUACAAGGACGGGAACGUGUGCUACGACAUCCGGUUCUUCGACAUGAAGCUGCUGUUUCUGCUGACGGCGAUCAACUGUGAUAUUCGGAGCAAGGUGCGGGAAGAUCUGCACGGGCUGACGUAUUUGGUGGAGACUUUGGAUUUGUUUAUGGGGGAGGCCGCGGAGAACAAGGAGUUUAAUGACAAAGAUCUGGAGCUGGUGAACGAAGUGCUCAAGGUGCUGUUCAACCUGACCGUGCGGACGCCGUUGAAUGCCGUUCCGGAGGAGGACGAAGCGAACCAGUUUCACCGGUUGGCGAUGGUCAUCCACGAUCUGUUUUUCUAUCGUACGUUGAACCGUGACAAAAUUGUCUCCCUGCAGUCGAACAUCAUCAACCUGCUGACCAGCGUACCGGUUAGCUGCUACACGGAGCUGGUUUCGCCGUUGAAUUUGUGCGACCCGGACAGCAAAACCGUGGUUCCGUUCGAGGAGCGGAACGUGUACGUCCUGCAGGUUCUCGUGGACUUUUUGGGCAGGCAGUUUCACAAAUCCGAGAAGAAGUCGGACCAGUUUGAGCUGCUGUCGCCGAUCUUGACCGUGUUGAUCAAGGUGAUUCGUGCUUCCGGGUUGAAUCGACGGUACGUCCGGUCGGUCAUUCUUCCUCCGCUGGUGGACGUCAAGGAACGACCGGAGAUUGGCACGGAGCUGCGAAACUAUCUUUGUUCCUUGCUCACAAGUCCGUGCACUCAAAUCGCCGAUCUGUCCGCCGAGUUGUUGUUCGUCCUGUGCAAGGAAAACGUUGGCCGCAUGAUCAAGUACACCGGCUACGGGAACGCCGCCGGCCUCUUCGCGAACCGAGGUCUCCUUGGAGGACGCCAGGGCAACACGCAAGAGUAUUCGUCCGACUCCGAGGACAGCGACACCGAAGAGUACAAGCAAAUGCAGCACGGCAUCAACCCGGUGCUCGGUUGUUACGAACCACCCAAGCCAAACCCGCUCGAGGGCAUGUCCGACGAGCAGAAAGAGUACGAAGCGAUGCAGCUGGUCGCGCUCAUGGACCAACUCCAGCGGCAGGGCAUCGUCCAGGCGUGCAAGAUCGGCGAAGACGGCCGACCCCAGCCGGUUGACCACAUCCUAGAACUCCAAGACGAAAUUCCCGAACAGCAGCGAGACCACAAGCGGAAGUCCUAGACGCCGCAGGCGCGACUUCCGGAGGUGCCAUUCGAUUCCAAAAAAAACAAA